AUGGAUGCGUUCAAGGGAUUCCAGAAAAGCCUCACCUCGCUGGGUGGGCAAAUCACCCCAUUUGCCUCGCGCACCUUUCAGUACACAAAGGAGCAGCUGGGCCAAGCUGAGGACAAGACCCAGCUCCCGCCCGACUACAUUGACCUCGAGAAGCGGGUCGAUGCGCUCAAGGCAGUUCACUCGAAGAUGCUUGCUGUGACCUCCCAGUACUCGAACGAGGCGUACGACUACCCGCCCAACAUCAAGGAGACCUUUCAGGACCUUGGCCGCACCGUCAGCGAGAAGGUCACGCUCCUCUCGAGCGCCACCUCCCCUGCCGAGGCGCAGGCCGCCCUCACGGCGCCGCCCAGCGCCAAACCGCAGCCCAAGACGUUCCACCAUGCGAUGGCACGCGCCUCGCUGGCGGGUAGCCAGACUCUGCACCAGCAGCACACGGGCGCGGGCGAGGACCCGUUGGCGACGGCCCUCGAGAAGUACGCGCUAGCCAUGGAGCGUGUCGGUGAGGCCCGCCUCGCCCAGGAUGCCCAGGUCCAGAGCCGCUUUUUGGCGGGUUGGAACACCACCCUCAACACCAACAUCCUGUUCGCCACGCGCGCCCGCCGCGCCGUCGAGAAGGCCCGUCUUACGCUCGACGCCGUCAAGGCCCGCGUCAAGGGCACCACCUGGAAGAUGGCUGGUGCGGGGCCCGCGUCGCCCCGCUCGGCAGAGCCGCAUGAUGAUCAUGAGCUGAGCCCCGAGGCGCAGGAGGAGAUCGAGAAGGCCGAGGACGAGUUUGUCACCCAGACGGAGGAGGCCGUGGGGGUUAUGAAGAAUGUCCUCGACACCCCCGAGCCGCUGCGCAACCUGGCUGAGCUGAUCGCGGCGCAAAUGGAGUUCCACAAGAAGGCCCACGAGAUUCUGAGCGAGUUGGCGCCCAUCGUCGAUGGGCUGCAGGUCGAACAGGAGGCGAGCUAUCGCAAGAGCCGAGAGAGCGCCUCCUAG